AUGGUCAGGGUUCCCCCUUCCUCUCCAGAACCAUCACCGGUGUUCUACCUCCCUCACCAUGGAGUUCUCAAAGAUGACAGUAUUACCACAAAACUACGAGUGGUGUUUAACGGAUCCAGCCUCACCAGUACGGGAUCUUCUCUCAACGAUAUUCUGCACACGGGUGCAAAACUCCAAGCAGACAUCUCAGAUAUCUUACUCUGGGUGCGACGACACUGGUACAUCUUUAUCACUGAUAUCACCAAAAUGUUCCGCCAAAUUCAAGUUCAUCCGGACGAUUGGGAUCUCCAACGGAUCCUCUGGGUAGAUGAUCAGCUCAACAUCAUUCCGUACCAACUCACGACGGUCACAUAUGGCACCCGAUCAGCUCCCUUCUUGGCUGUUCGCGUCUUCCUCCAACUAGUCGAAGACGAAGGUAAGAACUACCCCCUGGCGGUCUCUCCUCUUCUCAAGGGCAGGUAUGUGGACGACAUCUGUGGUGGUGCCGACACUCUCCCGGAGCUGACCUCCAUCGCUCACCAACUAGUGAACCUCUGCAAGGCGGGCGGCUUUCCUCUGGCGAAGUGGCAGAGCAAUCAUCCUGAACUACUCCAGGCUCUUCGUACGGACAUCACCGCCGCGACGCCGCACUCGUUUGAUAACGCUCAAGGCAAAAUUUUGGGACUCACAUGGCAUCCUCACUCUGAUCAGUUCGUCUUCUCGUGCAAGGCCUCCAACCGGCCCGUUAUCACCAAACGGACCAUACUCUCAGAAGUAGCGCAACUAUUUGAUCCUCUGGGAUUCCUAUCUCCGGUAAUCAUCAGAACUAAGAUGCUCAUCCAGGAACUGUGGCUAGAAAAGGUCGGCUGGGAUGACUGCCUCUCGCCGCAACUUCGACAUCGGUGGACUCACUUCCGUUCAGAGCUGUCUGACCUGACUUCCAUCACGAUUCCUCGGUGGCUGUCUCUCACGCCGUCAACCAUGGUCGAGCUUCAUGGAUUCUCGGAUGCUUCGCAACUCGCCAUGGCGGCGGCGGUUUAUAUCAAGGUCAUUUCUCACCCAACAGAGCCAAUCAUCACACUAGUGUGCGCCAAAACCAAGGUUGCACUUCUCAAAAGGCUCACCAUUCCCCGACUGGAACUCACGGCAGCGAUUCUACUCUCUCGUCUCAUCAGCUAUGUUCAACGAACACUAGAACUCGCGGAGAUACCAAUCUACUUGUGGACGGACUCUUCGGUAUCGCUCACCUGGAUAAACAGUCAUCCCUCUCGCUGGAAAGACUUUGUUCGUAAUCGAGUAGCGGCAAUUCAAGAACGCGUACCUCAAGGCCAUUGCCGGUUUAUUCCCGGCAAGGAGAACCCAGCCGACUGUGCUUCUCGCGGCCUCUCUUCCGCGCAACUCUCUCGGCAUCAUCUUUGA